AAGUAUGUUAAAAUAUUAAAAAACAAAUAACAUGGCGGGUGGAAAAAGAAGAGAAAAUAGAUGUGAUAAGUUACCAAAAGUAGAAAAAAUAAUAAUAUAUAAAUUAAAAAGAAACGAACUAAAAAAAAGUGUAUAGAUUAAAAAGAAUCGGAGAGAGUCCGAUUCUACCACCAUGAACUCUCACUAACUAGGUCAACUCUAAUAUCGAGGGUGAUAACUGAGAUACAUAUACUUUUUUACCGCGCACAAUAUAAAGAGUCAAGAGUAUAGUCGUAUAGAUCGUCUUCCUCGUCAUAUAAACAAAACAUCCCCUCACAAAAUCUCUCGACUGUACUCACUCCACCUUCAGCCAUGGUUUUCGUUUCCUCUUCUCGUCCAAACCCUAACCCUAAAUUUCUCGAACUUUCACCGUCAACCGCAUCAACAAAACGCAAACGCGAGAAAAGAAGGAGAAAGAGGAACAAAAACAAGGACAAAAACAACAAAAUCCCUAAUUGGUUAGAGAUUCCAGAGGAUGUUUGGCUCUUAAUUCUCUCCAAAUUAAACACAUUUCACAUAAUCGAAAAUGUUCAGAAAGUUUGCAUGUUAUUUCGUAAGAUCUGUAAACAACCUUCCAUGUUCACCACCAUUAACAUGAUUGUUCCAGAUACUUGCGUGAAAUUCCCCAAUAAUGUUAUGAAUGCCAUCACUCGAUUUGCUGUUGAUCGCAGUUCUGGGUGUUUGCUAGAUAUUUAUGUCGAGUAUUAUUGUGAUGAUCAUACCCUCAUGUAUAUUGUUGAAAGAUCAAAGAAUCUGAAGCAUCUCCGACUUGGUCACGAAAUUGCCAUUUCUGACGAGGCUCUGAUCAAAGCUGUCGAAUAUCUCCCAGUGCUCGAGGAGGUGGAACUAAUUAUCUGUUUCUUUGAGGUAGAAACUAUUGAAACGAUUGGCCGCAUCUGUCCUACACUGAAAUCCUUCAGCCUAAAUGAUGUUGGGUCCAGAGACUAUGAGUUAAAUUGCAAUGAGGAAGCCCUUGCCAUUAGUAGAAGCAUGCCUAAAUUGCGUCAUCUUCAACUGAUUGGUAAUCCAAUGACGUAUUUAGGCUUGAAAGCAAUCCUUGAUGGGUGUCCUCUUCUUGAAUCUCUUGACUUACGUGCAUGUUUUCACCUUAAUUUAUCCGAGGAUAUGGUUAAAAAAUGUGAAACCAUCAAGAUUUUGAGAAAACCUUACGACUCUACUGCAGAUUAUGGCCAUGAAGCUUGUUCUGAAAGUGAAGACCAAUUUGAUACCUACCUAAGUUCCCUUGAGCCUGUUAGUUCUGAUGAUGGACUCCCUGAGCAUCACAACGAGAGUUUGGAUGAGUCGCCACCUAAUUGCUUUUCACAUGUGCAGUUGGACCAAGAAUUCUCUGAUUAACAGUUCAACCUUUGGGGGUCCUGCUGGAUUGACGAUUGUGUUUUUGCUCGUUUGUUUCAUAUUCAUAUUUGCCUGGUUGCAUCGUGAUGACAUUGCAGCACUUUUUUGGCCUUGCUGAAUCCGUAUUCUGCAACCGGUUUCCGUGUUUGAUCUCAGGGGUUGAUUUUGCAUUGCUUGCAUAUUUGUAUCAAAUGUUACUCUAAUGAUCUAACUUCUAAGUACACGCAGCAGGAGACACGGUAAAUGAUAUAUUUCUUGCUCGGCCCAACUCUUGCAACUCCGGACCAUUCUACAAUCACUAUUAUGGUCUGUUCUCCCCAACUUAUUCUCAGUUCAGUUGCAAUCAGUUCAGCUCCAAACUAUUAUUUUUAUUAGUUAUAAUUUAAUUCAUUUUAGUUCAGUUCAACUCCAAUUAUCAUUUCUAUUAAUUAUAAUUUAAUUCAUUUCAGUUCA